GAUUCCCAGGAGCGCUGCCUUUGAGGUCGGAACCCGAGACGGAGUACUGUCUCGUUCCCUAGGCCCCAGGCGGCCCCCAGUUACCCAAACAUGAGCAAGUUGGGCAAGUUCUUUAAAGGGGGAGGCUCUUCUAAGAGCCGAGAGGCCCCCAGCCCUCAGGAAGCCUUGGCCCGACUUCGGGAGACUGAAGAGAUGCUGGGCAAGAAACAGGAGUACCUGGAAAACCGCAUCCAGAGAGAACUCACGCUGGCCAAGAAGCACGGCACGCACAAUAAGCGAGCUGCAUUGCAGGCACUGAAGAGAAAGAAGAGGUUUGAGAAGCAGCUCACUCAGAUUGAUGGCACACUGUCCACACUUGAGUUCCAGAGAGAGGCCCUGGAGAACUCAUACACCAAUGCUGAGGUGCUGAGGAACAUGAGCUUGGCGGCCAAGGCGAUGAGAGCAAUUCAUGAAAACAUGGAUCUGAACAAAAUAGAUGAUUUGAUGCAAGAGAUCACAGAGCAACAGGAUGUUGCCCAAGAAAUCUCAGAAGCAUUUUCUCAGCGGGUUGGAUUUGGUGAUGACUUUGAUGAGGAUGAGUUGAUGGCAGAACUGGAAGAACUGGAGCAGGAAGAAUUAAAUAAGAAGAUGACAAAUAUCCGGCUUCCAGCUGUGCCUUCUUCCUCCCUCCCAGCACAGACAGACAGAAUGCCAGGGAGAAUGGGGGGCACAUCGUCCACUGCACAGAGGCCCCGGGCAGCCUCUUCUAGGAGGGCAGAUGGAGAAGAUGAUGACAUCAAACAUUUGGCAGCUUGGGCUACUUAAAUGAAAAUGGAAUUUUUUGACAUCUAAAUUAAUGACCUCUACAUAGGACAUAAAAAAGUGUUUUUGCCAAGUUCAGAAGUUAACAGACACCCUGUUUCACAUUUACACUGGAUGAGUAAAUUGCCUUUUAAGCCUUAUAAGUAAAAGUUAAAGAAAGGAGUCAUGCCAGACAGAAGCAGGGAUGCAAAGGGACUCCUGGUGGCAUCUUGGAGGACCUCUCUGCAAGUAUGGGAAGGGCCUCUGCCUUGCUCACUACUGCAUUCCAGUCCUGGAACACAGUUGGUGCUCUCUCUCUAUUUGUUGACAAGAAAUGGACAUCUGUUAACAUAUAAAACAUAUAAGGUUUAUAAGCCAUUAAAGAACAAUGAGUCUAGGAUAGCUAGAAAAAUGACUUUCUGUUUUAUGCAAGUGCAAGUGUGCCGUGUGUCCAUGUCACUGGAUAUGGUACCCACAAGUAGAUGGAAAUACACUGUGUCUCUAGUAGGAGAGACGUCAUGUGGGGUUGUCCUGUGCAAAUCUGUAAAUAGUUUCACUUGAGUUUUGUCAUUUGAAGUCUUAAAGGAUUUUUAAUUGACAUUUAUUAUGCCAGUUAAGCUUGGAAUGGGGCAGUGGGUGCAUUUCCCAGAAUGUCUGAAAGCACUAGGAACUCACACUGCUGAGUAUGGAUCACCUGAGUGUGAUUCAGCUGCUUGGGAAGCUGUGUGACAGCCUGGGGCUGUUACGCUGUUGCUUUGGUGGCUGAAUGUGUGAAUGUUCACACUUUUCUGUCCUGUGCUCACUUGUUCAUUAAUUUAUGCUUUGCAGAGUAUUUCUUGUAAAUACAUUAACAUAUAGGUAGUUAGAAGUAUAUCCUGGGUGAUAUUUUGGCCAUAAUUAUUUUUAAAUGAAAGUAUAUUACAAAAUUAUGUAUUGCCCAAAAUAUGUCAUGGAGCAUAAAAUGACAGUUUCACUAUAUAAAAUGUUCUAGUGUCCCCUGCAUUUGCUUAGCAACAUAGUGAAAUAGAGGGAACACUGCACAUGGAGAUCAGGUCCUGGAUUCCAGCCCUGCCCUGCCACUAGCAAAGUAAGGAGGAGUCAUGAAAUCUAAACCUUUUUGUCUUCAUUGGGAAAACUAAGGGCUGGACUUGAUCUCUAACGGUCCAAUCUUGCCACAGGCCUUUUACUUAUGCUGUUCUUUUAGUGGUCUUCUCACCUUCCACAACACAGGUACCAAAUCUUAUUUCCUAAGUCUUAGUUAAAAUGUUUGUUAUCUUGGGAAACUUUUCUUGAUGCACAGACUAUUUUGGGUUUCCCUGUUAUAUGAGUCCAUCGCUCUCUGCUUUCUAUCCUGUCACCUGUUGUGGUUCACACUGCAUAUUUACUUGAAUUAUUACUCAAUUAUUGCUGCUCUUCCUGGCCAGUCUGUGGUGAUCAUGAGGGCAUGAGCUGUAUCUCUUUCAGUUCAGUAGGGUAUCCCUAGCACCCUGUACAGUUCCUUGUACACAGUAGGCAUUCAGGAAAUACUUGAUACAUGAAUGGAGAUUAAGUUUUUACAUUUUUUUGGGCCAGCACAGGAACUUUAUUGACCUUCUAUGUUCAAAACUGUACAAAAUACAAGAAACAACAGUUUCCAGACAUUGGACAACAGAUAGCACCAGACUGAUUCCUGAGAGAGAAACCAAUUAAAAUGAGUCCUCACUGCCCCAGCUCACUGCCUUCACAGGGGAGGGAAAUUCAAAGAGACCCUGGUGGUCUUGGAGGUGGAGAGAGAGCACGUGCGAGCAUUCUGGAGAUCAGAUCGGCAGAGGGGUCUCUGCAAGUCUUUGGCUAAGGACUGAUCUACAUACGUGUAUUUCAAAUUUACUGAGGCCCAGAAGAACCAGCUUCAGGGAGAAGUAGGCAGAUCAAUCCCAAAGCUCACACAGGGCCAGGAACAGUUUCUGUUCCCACUGGCCAUUGUGGAAAGGCCUUGUGAUACAGGGGGCAUCCAUUGCUUCAAUAGUGCGGUGAAAUUAUGCCUUGACUAAAGGCUGCCUGGGUCCACCCAGACUUCAAAACUUACUUCGAAAGAAUGAAAUGAUUCCAAGCCACCUAACUGCAUCCUGGGACAAAAACCUCUAAUACUUAAAGGAAUAUAAAAGCUAACAAGUAACAACAACCAAACAACUAAAAAAAACCGCGGCUCUGACUGGUGUGGCUCAUUUUGUUAGGUAUUGCUCUGCGAAGCUGUAAAUCACAGGUUCAUUUCCUGGUCAGGGCACAUGCCUGGGUUGUGGGUUCAGUCCCCAGUCAGAGUGUAGGAGAGGCAACAGAUCAAUAUUUCUUUCUCUAAAAAUAAAUAAGAUCUUUAAAAUAA